AACGACAAUGGGUCAUGAAAGGUGGGUCACGAGUGUGAAGAAAGAUCUCCUGGAGGUUUACACAGUUUAACAGGCUUCUGUAUUGAUGAGAUCGACCAUGACCAUGACAAGGAACUGUGAGAAACAACAAACACAACCAACAAGUAUUGAUCAUUGAUCAGCACACUCGUCGGACUAUCGGACUACUUGGAAGUAAUUGGACCAUCUCUUUGUGAGUUGCAACAAUGUUACGUUCUAAUAAUAAAAAGAAUCCGGGAGAGAUAGAAGGAUCUAGCAGCGAAGAGUUGUUGGCGGAGGAUGCGGCCAUGAUGAUGUCUGACGAUGGCGGCGACGAAGGCCUGUCUCACCGUCCCGGCAAAGCUCGAUCUCCCAUGAUUGAUGAGAGUAUGAUUUUGUCGGACAAUGAAGAAGACUACGAUCCCUAUCAUCAUCAUGGACAUGGACAACAACCAUCCAGCGCUACUAGUGGCAACAACAGCAGCAACGCUGCCAACCAGAACAACACGAGUACUGCCAGCAGCAAUACUGCUAAUAGCCAACAUACGGGUAGUAGUGCUAGACCACCCAAGAACAAGUACUGGACGGGAGGACGCAAGAAGCAUACGUCAAGUGCCAACGCACAGGCAGCUCUUCUGGUGGAAGACAAACCGUGGAGAUCACGAGGUUCCAACCAUCACCCUACUACUAACACUGGCAGUAGUACUCCCAAAUCUCCCAGUCGCUUUUCCCAACUCGUCAUGCCCAAUCGAGGCUUACAGGCAGCGGCUGAAUUACCACCCACACCCAACUUUGCUAGUGCGAGUACCACCAGUAAUGCCAGUACAGCAAUCACAGGAGUCAGUCCCAACGACGCUAACACUCCAAACAACAACAAUGCCAAACGACCAUUGCUCAAAUACAUUCGAGGAUUCACCAAUAAUGUCAGCAGUCCCUCGUCGCCACGAAAGAAUCGAUCCAUGGACAAUAACAAUAAUCCACCACCCAAUUGGAGUGACGGUGACGACGACGAUCAAUCAUCCAUGUCGUCGUCCGAUUCCGACAUGAUUUCCUACUCGUCUCUGGAUUCCAUGGAUUCCGACGAUGACCUGGUACUAGCGAGAGACGACUAUACCCAUCAUCCGGAAGAAACACAAAUUGGUUUCUGGAAUCAACUCCCCUUUGUCCCGGCACAUUUCCUCUACGAUGCUACCGAAGCUACACCCAAUCAGUUGCCCUAUCUCGAUCCGCAACUCAAAACACUAUUACUACAAGAUGCUUCCCAAAUUGCCAAUUUUCAGUUUGUCCUCGAUCAUCGCCUCUAUGUCAGAGCACUCUUUCAAUUACUGGCCGAACGAGAAGAAAUGGGCGUCGAAGAUUCCAUUCACGACGAUCAAAAUAUUAUUAAAAAGGGACCCCUCCGAAAAAAAUACCUCGGUAAAGCCAAUUACAAAUACGUCGAACUCCGCAAAGGCAAUUUGGUCUAUUUUGGCAAUGAUACGGGGGGAGGACGGAAAACGAUUCAUUUGCGAUCGGCUACGGCGUCGUGUGUGGCGGUGGACGAUGAUGAUAAUCCAGGCAAUCAUCAUAACGCGGCCGUACAUCAUCAUCAUCAUCAUCAUGCCACGACACCGACUCCAGGUUCCAGCGCCAAUAGUGGUGGAGGCGGCGGCGGCGGUGGUGGAGGAAUCAAUACCAUCAUUCCCAUUGGUGCUGGAAUUACCAUGAGUGGCAGUGGUCCCGCCAUGCAUCAAGCGGCCGAUUCGCUCAAGGCGGGUUUGACCAGUGCUGUCAGUGCCACCGCAUCGGCUGCCAGUACCAUUGCCGGAGGCGCACCACAAGCCACGGCGGUGGGAUUCGAAUUUCAUUUAUGGGUCGAAGGAAAACGAUAUGCAUGGCUGGCUAACUCGAAGCAUGAACGAUCGUCGUGGGUCAAUGCCAUUCGACAAGCCAUGAUUGGCGUCAAGAAUAAUAACAACAGCAGCAAUAAUAAAGCGAACAAUCAUGACGAUGACUGGGGCAUGACACUCAAUGCGGCCAAUACGAUUACUGCCAUGGCAGCAGCACCCACAUCCAAUUUACAACAAAACAAUGACGAUUAUUUGGUUGGCGGAACCAGUCACGAAGAAGCCUUUUAUUCCUAUCAAAAGUUACAGUCGCAACUUUAUCAUGCCGUCACAUUGUCGGAUUACUUGGAAAGUUUGUUGUCACUGGCACCUCAUCCCGAUACACCCUCUUCCACAUCACCCGCACUCCAAAUUCCGUUGAAAUGUCUCGGAGAGGAUCUCAUCCAGAAAACCAGAAAUAAAGAAGAUGACGAUCAUGACAAUCGCCAACAACACAACAAGGCUGGCAUGUCCCAACGACGACGAUUGCAAGAAGGCAUUGCCGAAUUUUGGGAGAGCAUGACAUGCUAUGAUUUUGCCAUUAACGGGCAUGUCAUUGACAAGGACAGUCCGUGUGCGGCCGAGCGUAUUGUGGGAUCGCUCGUGCGAUGCAUUUUGGAUUACGAUCGCAGUUUUGCCGAAAGCAAUGAGGUUCCGCCUGCCAAUCGCAUUUCCGAACUCGAUGCCGUCUCGUAUGCCCGAAGUAUCCUCUUGCUCAUGAUCAAGAGUCGGACAUCCGGGGAUGUCGAGUUUGCCGUGGAGAAUCUGUUACAGAAUGAUCAUCUCAUCAUGCUGGAGAGUAUUGAUGCCUGUUCGGCGUUGUCCAGUACGUCAGAUGCCUUGCAUAUUGAUGUUUCCUUUGCCGGGGAUGAUUUGAUUGAUCACAAUGAUGAAACAGAACAAAUAUCCAAUGAGGCAAGUGGCUGGGUCAUGGUGCGUCGAAGCAAGUACAAUAGCUGGAAGUCUCGCUUUUGUGUCUUUUCGGAAGGAGUCUUUAGCUACUAUGAGAAUGCCAAGCCGCGACCGCACGGACUGCGUGGACAGCUGCUUCUGUCGGGAGCGACCCUCAGUGAAGUGGAUGACGAAAAGGAUCGCGCUCGGGAGGACUCGGGGUUGUACAUUUUGCGGUUGACUACCAAGGGGCCAGAGAAACGGGAACGGCAGUUUGGUUUCAAGAGCAAGGAAGAAUUCUUGGAGUGGAGGGAAGUCAUUGAGAACGUGUUGGAUAGUUGCGAUUCCAACUCGAUGCGGCAGCCCAAUGAUGACGAUGAUGAAUUUGAUCCGCGUGGGGCGCAGGGGCACAAGAAGAGCAGGAGUCUCAUUGGAGGUGGGACGAAACUGAUUAGCUACGCCACGGAUGAAAGCAUCAGGGCGGCCAAGGCAGCCACCAGUUCUUCCAUCAAGGCUGUCAAAGGUGGAACCAAGAUGGCCAAAGACGCGGCGGGUGCAUUCACGAAAGGAGCGACAAAUCUCAUGUUUCGAAGUAUUCGAAGCGGAAGGGCAAGGGCCAAACGUGGCGAAACUGCUAGCACUCGUUCGAUUCGAAAGGUCCCGUCCAUGCAAAUGUUGAUGGAGAAAACGAGGAGCGACAAGACCGGCCGACGAGAGCCGACGGUCCAGGUUGUGAUUCAAGCUACCAGCGAAUUCAGCAUCAUUCCCAGGACAGGCAGUGGUCCUGGGGAUGAAGCUGUGGUUACUGUGCGGGUCAAGUUCCUGCAAGCGUAUCUGUUAUCGGGUGGUUCUAGUGGCCGUCUCGCUCGAGGCGACGCCAUGCUAGAGUACACGUUCAUUGACGAGAAUCCAGGUUUGGCGGACGACGACGAAAACGACAACUAAGUCUGACGCGGCUUCGGCCAUUUCCCUUUUGAUCGCCCAAUGUUGGCACUGAAGGUGUGCGCACAAGAUAGCGGCGAUCACCAGCUGUGUGUGGGGGUGCAUGGUUUGAUAUUUGUGCUAUAGUGUGAGAAAACCAAAUGCAUAACAAAUAUAGUUAACAUUGAAUAUUUACAUCUGGCUCUAUUACUUCU